UGGUGAGACCCCGGCGCCCGCCGUCGGGACUCGUCGACACCGUCGAUCAGCGUCGGCAUUCGUCGAGAAUAGACAGACGACGGUGGAGAGGACUACGCCCAGCGGGAAAGAGAUAGAUCAACAGGCCCUUGGUGACGACUUCGUCUCGAACGACGAGGCGGGUCACUGAACCUCGUACAGAGCGCCCGUCACCGGCGACCGUCCAUCUGUGAGCCGACCUCCGACGCUUGCUGGCCUCAACGCACGCACACCGCUGGGCAACGCACUCGGCUGACGUCACUGGACCGCCGUGACGUCUUUGGACCGUAGUGACGUCAUCGUCCCAGCGAGACCCGGCAGCCGGAGAAGUUUUGUCAGUCGGAGCUGCCAGUCGGAGCUGCCCACGCUCUUUGCAGAGUGGUGGUCAUCAGCUCGGCGGCCAAGCCCUGACCGCCCCGGAACUCAUCAAUCAGCGGGAGAAGACCCGACAUCACCCUACCCAGAUCUCUGAUCCGGUAUUGUGACGCUGUUGCUGCUGCUCAGACACGAGUGGCUGCAGUGCGCCACCAUGAACGUCUCGAGCCCGAAGAUGACAGAUCUCGGCAUCACGACUGCCUCCGUCAAGUCCUUCAGCAUGGCCUCCAACGACACUACCACCACCACCACCGCGGCGCCGGACAUGUACGACGCAUACAACUUCUCCGACGACAACCUCGACUUCUGGGAGAUGGAGAACCCGGAGGAAAUGCUCCGACCCUGGGUCAUCAACGAGUACUUCAUACCGACCGUCAUCACGCACUCGGUGACGUUUCUGAUCGGCGUUAUCGGCAACCUGGUGGUCGUGUUCGUGAUGGCUGGCGACCGCAAGUCCCGCACGGCCACCAACAUGUUUCUGGUGUCGCUCUCGCUGGCCGACCUGCUGCUGCUGAGCGUCUGCGCGCCUCUGGAGAAUCUGGAGCUGUUCGUCAUCCAGUGGGACGUCGGAGGGACAGUCUGCAAGAUGGCGGCGUAUUUUGGGAUACUGUCGGCCAUGGCGUCGGUGCUCAACCUGACGGCCGUCUCCCUGGAAAGGUAUAUUGUGAUCGUGUAUCCCAUGCGGUCCCGGUCGCUCUGCACGAUGAGCAACUGCAAGAAGGCCGUGAUUGUGGUGUGGAGUGUCGCCCUGGUGCUCGCCGCCCCCGUGGUCAUCACAAAGGAGAUUCACCCGGCGCGCUUCGGAAACAACGUUACCAUAGUGACGAUCCACUACUGCAAGAACAAGGAGACGAUGGGCCUGUGGCUGUCCAUCUACCAGCUGCUCGUGCUGCUCAUCCUGCCGGCCAUGCUCAUGAUCUUCUUCUACUCGCGGGUCAUCUCGGAGCUGUGGAAGUCGACCAAAACCAUGAAACAGAUGACCGGUGCUCGAUCAUCACUGAUCGCGAAGCCCAACAGUCGGAAAGCGACGACCAGUAGCAGUUCACCGGUGGCGACUAUGGAGAGCACUCGAGUCUACUGCGGAAGGAAGAACGUGUCCUCGAACCAAAGCAAAGGAGAAGACGUUAUGAAAACCCGGAAACAGGUGAUCAAGAUGCUGCUGCUGGUUAUCGCUCUGUUCCUGAUCUGCUGGGGACCGCGUCUCAUUAUGGACGUGAUUCUGAAGGUGGGACUGGAGACGUACUCUCGGGAGUCCUACGCCAUGCGGAUCGCCUUCUUCCUGAUGCCGUUCAUCCACGCCUGCAUCAACCCGUUCGUCUACUGCUUCAUGUCGAAGAACUUCCAGCGCUCGAUGCGUCGCCAGCUGCAGCGGAUGGGCAUCGCCUGCCCCGCGGCCGCGGAGCCGAUCCCGCCCCCGGUUCGCACCGGGGCCCCCACCGGGGCAGACUCCACGAGACACACGUACUGUCCCCCGGAGUCGGUACUGUAGACGGCCACACCGGACUGUCCCAUGGAGUCGGUACUGUAGACGGCCGCAUCAGACUGUCCCAUGGAGUCGGUACUGUAGACGGCCGCACCGGACUGUUCCAUGGAGUCGGUACUGUAGACGGCCGCACCGGACUGUCCCAUGGAGUCGGUACUGUGGGCGGCCGCACCGGACUGUCCCAUGGAGUCGGUACUGUAGACGGCCGCACCGGACUGUCCCAUGGAGUCGGUACUGUAGACGGCCGCAUCAGACUGUCCCAUGGAGUCGGUACUGUAGACGGCUAUACCACCUGCUGUGGGGAGGGCACCGUGAGCAGAGCCACAGCUGGGCCCACUGCAGAGUCGCGGUAAGGUAGAAGAACCCACUCAGCUACUGUGAAGGUGACUUCGUAGGUGAACCCUCAAGCCACACACGAGUCCACUUAGAAUCACACUACUGAGCACAGCGACUGCCGAAUCACUUCUGCAUAGCUAUUAGUACGUAUAGGCAUGACUGCUGAGUCAGUGCUACAGAUCUACCUAGGCUGGACGAGCCUUCUAUACUGCUGCGCUUCAGUCCGUGAACUAUAAUCACAAUUAAGCUCACCAGCACACUAUUGGCCCAGCCACGCACCACUAUAUAGACACUAGACACUAGUAGACAGUCGUAGAACCGUAGGUACUAAUGGUACCUACUAUAUGUUAACGACUUAGCCGGUGUUGGUAACGCUAUGAAGUUUUCGUCCCAUUUCUAGUCCUCACAGUAGAUUAAGAGUAUUUCAUCCACAGCACAGCAAUUUUCGAUGCAUAGACAUACUAUUUGACGCAAGUAUUUUUUAUUUAUAAGUACAUAUGUACUACAAAGUAAUAUUGCAAACGUUCUGCACCCAACACAGCACGCUGCGAUGUAUGG